GGGGCCAGCAGCUGUCCGAGCGGCCCGAGGUGUGGACGCUGGCCGGGCGGGCGGCCGCACCGCAGCCAUGCCCGGGAUGGUGCUGUUCGGCCGGCGCUGGGCCUUCGCCAGCGACGACUUGGUGUUCCCAGGCUGCUUCGAGCUGGUGGUGCGAGUGCUGUGGUGGGUCGGCAUUCUCACCCUGUACCUCCUGCACCGAGGGAAGAUGGACUGUGCUGGCGGCGGCCUGCUCAGCGCCUACCUGGUCGUGCUGCUCGCGCUCCUGGCGCUGGUCAUCGGCUCCGUGCUCGCCAUCGUGUGGGUCAGCAUGAGAGGAACCAUCUGCAACCCUGGACCCCGGAAGUCAAUGCCGAAGCUGCUGUACAUCCGCCUCGCGCUCUUCCUGCCAGAAAUGGUCUGGGCUUCCUUGGGUGCCGCCUGGGUGGCGGACGGCGGGCACUGCGACAGGACAGUGGUGAACGGCAUCAUUGCCACUGUCGUCGUCAGUUGGAUCAUCAUCGCAGCCACCGUGGUCACCAUUAUUAUCGUCUUUGACCCGCUGGGGGGGAAGACGGCCCCCCACUCCUCGGCCGGGCCCGCUCACCUGGAUACCCGCGAGUCCAGCCAGCUGCUCAGCGGCCUCAAGACGGCAGCCACCAGCGUGUGGGAGACCAGGGUCCGCCUGCUGUGCUGCUGCGUCGGGGCGGACGACCACACUCGAGGUGCUUUUACCAGUACGGCAGAGCUUUUCUCAACCUACUUUUCAGACACAGACCUGGUGCCCAGUGACAUCGCGGCAGGCCUGGCCCUUCUCCACCAACAGCAGGACAACAUCCACAGCGAUCUGGAGCCUGAUGAGGUGGUCAGCCGCUCCCCGGAGCCCUCUCAGGACGCUGACCUGGACACCGAGUUGGAGAACUGCCGUCAUUAUAUGCAGUUUGCAGCUGCCGCCUACGGCUGGCCCCUCUACGUGUACAGAAACCCCUUCACGGGCCUCUGCAAGGUCGGAGGGGACUGUUGCAGAAGCAGAACAGCCGAGUACGACCUGGUCGGGGGCGAUCAGCUGCACUGUCACUUUGGCUCCAUCCUGCACACGACAGGGCUGCAUUACAGGGACUUCAUUCACGUCAGCUUCCAUGACAAGGUGUACGAGCUACCGUUUCUGGUGGCCCUGGACCACAGGAAGGAGGCUGUUGUGGUUGCGGUGAGGGGGACCAUGUCUCUCCAGGACAUCCUGACUGACCUGUCCGCAGAGAGCGAGACCCUCGACUGCGAGUGCGGGGUGCACGACCGUCUGGCCCACAAGGGCAUCGCACAGGCCGCCAGAUACGUCCACCGCAGACUCAUCAACGACGGCAUUUUGAGUCAAGCCUUCAGCGUUGCUCCCGUAAGAUGUUACUUUCUUUUUUCUCCUGUGUGUUACGUGCGGCCUUUCCCUCACUCUGCCUUGCUCCUGCAGGAGUAUCGGCUGGUCACCGUGGGGCACAGCCUGGGCGCGGGAGCCGCCGCCCUGCUGGCGCUCAUGCUCAGGAGCUCCCACCCGCAGGUCCGAUGCUACGCCUUCUCCCCGCCCCGGGGGCUGCUCAGCAAAUCCCUCUGUGAAUACUCCAAGGGCUUCGUCGUGUCGCUCGUCCUUGGCAAGGAUGUCAUCCCCAGGUUGAGCGUGACCAACUUGGAGGAUCUGAAGAGGAGAAUCCUGCGUGUGAUUGCUCACUGCAACCAGCCCAAGUACAGGAUCCUGUUGCACGGCUGCUGGUACGAGCUCUUCGGAGGGAACCCUGACAACUUCCCCACCGAGCUGGACGGGGACAGCCAGGGGGAGCUGACGCAGCCUCUUCUCGGGGAGCAGAGCCUGCUGACACACUGGUCCCCCGCAUACAGCUCUUCCAGUGACUCCCCACUGGACUCCUCGCCCAAGUACCCGCCUCUGUACCCCCCUGGCAGGAUCAUCCACCUGGAGGAGGAGGGCGGCUCAGGGAGGCUCGGCUGCUGCGUGGCAGCGCGCUACACUGCCAGGUGGUCGCACGAGGCGGAGUUCAGCCGAAUCCUCAUCGGACCCAAGAUGCUGACUGACCACAUGCCAGACGUCCUGAUGAGAGCCCUGGACAGCGUGGUGGCCGACAGGGGCGUCUGCGUCUCCUGUCCACCACAGGGGCUGCCCGACGUCCAUGUGGUGUGAGCGGGGACCGUGUCAAGGUUUCCUGACUGGUGUCUGAGUGAGGCCAGGACACAGGACACCCUCAGUAGGAGCCCUCGGUGACAACACCGGAAUGGACAGCAGGGACAGGAGGCUUGUGGGGUGCAGUGGGCACGGUGCUGGUGAGGUGCCACGGACAGCCCUGGGCUCGGCCGCUUUCCUGCCACGGCUCAGGUGUGAGCUCUUACAAGUGCAUGGGGCAUGGCAUGCCAGGGCUGCCACCUAAAGGCACCCAGGGCAGGGCUGGGCACGGGAGUGGACACGUGCUAGCGCCCCCUGCAGGUGGCUGGUCAGUGGACUGAAAGGGAGUGAAGGGAAUAAAGCAUUUAACAGGUCCGUCUGCGGCUCUGUGCUGUGCCUAGGCCGUUUCAAGGAGCAGGUCUAAGGCAUCGGCCGGCGGCGUUAGUUCUUCUGAACAGAAGUGAACCGCAGACUGUUCUUGCAGUUCUGCCUGUAGGCUGAGCAAGGCGGCUCUCAUCUGCUCCCUAGCCCCUCAGCAGGUAGUGGAGAUGCUACGAGAAACACCAGGGUGGGAGCUAGGAGCCCAACAGGUGGUGGGGAGUGACCCCACUGGGAGGAAGGCUGCAUCCCGCCGCCUGCCAGUUGUUUGGGAGCUGGCUGAGCCCUGACUCUGC